AUGUCCAGCUCCAAAUCCGAGUCCGCCACCUAUACCCACGGGCACCACGCCUCGGUCGUCCGCUCCCACAGCUGGCGCACCGCCCAAAACUCCCUCGCUUUCCUCCUGCCCCAUCUCAAGCCCACCAUGAAGAUCCUCGACGUAGGUUGCGGUCCCGGUACAAUCACCGUGGAUCUAGCCUCCUACGUACCCGAGGGCCAUAUCACGGGACUCGAGCGAGCCGGGAGCGUGCUCGUGCAAGCGCGCGCCAACGCCGCGAAGCAAGGCCUUUCCAACAUCGACUUUGUCGAAGGGGAUGCCAAUGCACUCGACUUUGACGAUGAGACCUUUGACGUGGUCUUUUGCCAUCAGGUGCUUCAGCAUGUGGGCGAUCCGGUAGGCAUGCUGGCGGAGAUGAAGCGGGUGACGAGAAAGGGCGGGAUCGUCGCGGCCAGGGAGUCUGAUUAUGGGGUUUUUGUCUGGUAUCCUGAACUGCCAGGGUUGAAGCGUUGGCAGGAGACGUAUGAUCGAGUGGCGAGACGGAAUGGGGGAGAGCCGAAUGCUGGGCGGACGCUGCAUGUGUGGGCGAAACGCGCUGGGUUGGCGGAUGUUCGAUGUAGUUGUACCAUGUGGUGUUAUGCCACGCGAGAGGAGGUGAAGUGGUGGAGUGAGACGUGGGUGGAGCGAACUGUGUCGUCGUCGUUUGCCACGACGGCGCUGGAUCAUGGAAUCGCCACGCAGGAGGAUCUGGCGGCCAUUUCACAGGCUUGGAAAGACUGGGGCCAGGAUUCAGAUGCGUGGAUCUCGAUCCCGAGUGCGGAGAUCCUCUGUGUGAAGCAAUAG